GAUCCUAGGAGACGUAUAUAAAGUCCGCCGAAGUCGGCCGUAGGCACAUUCAAGCAAUCGCCGGUCGGCACGAUGAAGACCCUCUUCGUUUCGUUUGCCCUAUGCGCAAUUGUUGCUGCGGCACCUCGUGAGCGACGAGAAGCUCUCUUGGGCGGUCACGGAUUUUACGGUGGUCAUGGAGCUUACGGUGCUCACGGGGCUUACGGAGCUUAUGGGGGCGCAGGCUACGGCGGACAUGGCGUUGCUAUUACCGGACCGUAUCUUGGAGCAGCGAGUGUCGCAGGUCCACACGUGGGUUCCGCCACUCUUUCCGGACCAGCGAUAGGUCCGGCUCAUUUGUCCGGGUCGAUGGCCGGUCCUGCUCACGUGUCUGGCGCCGUUGCUGGACCAGCGGUUGUGACCGCGUCGGUCGCUGGUCCAGCGCACGUGGAAGGCUACGGUGGUCCGUACGACGGUGCCUAUGGAGAUGGCUACGGAGGUGGCUACGGAGGUGGCUAUGGCGGUGGCUAUGGCGGUGGCUAUGGACACGGUUACGCAUACGCAGCUGGUCCCGCUUACGGCUAUGGUGGAUACGCCGGCGGCCACGGAGGCCACGGAGGCCACGGAGUAGUUGUUGCCGGACCGGCUACCCAUGGAGCGGUUCUGGCUGGACCUCAUUCCGGAAGCGCGGCUGUUUCUGGACCGCACGCCGGUUCGGUGGUGAUCGCCGGUCCUUCCGGAAAGAUCACGGCCCACGGAAGCGGUUACGGCGCCGCUAUCCACGCCGGCCAUGGCCACGGCCACUGGUAACGCGUGCACAACCGUCUGCGAAACGUAAAAGAAAAUAGUCCCUCUGAAUCAUCGUCGGGCCGAAAGUAGAAUACCGUUUCCCCCCGCGAUUUUCCAAGAGAGAUUGAACAAGUAUUAUGGAGAUAUGAAAUUGCUGUAACACGACGACGCUCGUUGCGCUCGGUGCUCUCGGUCCAUGGCUCUCGCGCAUACUUACAUCUCUUCUGUACGAAUGGAAUAAAAUCACUCUUCU